GCAUGUGUGACGACAUGACCGGAUGGUGUCUGAAGUGUGCGAAUCACACCAGAGGCAGCAGCUGCGAAGUGUGUGACGUCGGAUAUGCGGGAAAUCCGGCUGCAGGCAUCCCCUGCGUUCUUGCGGAGGCGAUGUCGGUGGACGGCUCGACGCCGGGCAUUCUCGCCGGCAUCGUCGUCAUGUGCUCGAUCUUCGUCGUGCUUGUCGGCGGCUUCGUCUACUACAAGCGCCGCGACGGCAUGCAGCGGCAGAACCCCUACUACACGAUCGAGCUGAAGGACGACUAUGUGUGGUGCGACGAGAUGGAGGUGGACUACCGACGCGGCAUCGCCUCCGUGCACGGCUCCUACCAGCGCUGCUAAGCCCCGCGCGCGCGCGAGCGCGACGUACGCGUCGACCAAUCGCUACGAAUGCAUCCCCACCGAUCGCUACCAAGGCAGGGCGUGGUCGAGCGCGUUUUGCCGCUCGCGCUCGUGUCGAGACGCAGGAGCGCUGCCGUUUUGCGUCAGCGGAGGCAUCGCUCUGUCGUUAUCCCUCGGGCGAAGGUGUUUCUGUUGGGUCGCACGAGCCUGAUUGGUCGCCGUGCGGAACGCUGCAAGGGGGCGCCACAUCUGUAGCGGUCGUCCCCUGGGGGAGCCGGGCAGGCGCUGGUGUUGUCGUUGCGACGCCAGAAAUACCGGCGUUGUGAGUGCGUCUCCAAACUCUCGUUUCGAGUCUGGUCCCCGAAGGCGAAGACAGGUGGUGGGGAUGUGCCUGUUCCGCACCGCCAUGCGCCCGGUGGCUGUAGUGCUGCGAAGCAGGUCGAGCCGGAAGCCGACUUGUUCUGACGUCUGGUGUCCGCGCAGGAGCAUCCGAGGAUCCGGCUCAGGGGAAAACUGGCGAGAUACGUUACGUGGAAUCUCGCAGGGUGUUUUUCCGACUGUAGCACAGCACUGAAAAUCCAGCAGACACAAUGUGGGAUAGACAAGCAAAAGGCGGUCGUCGACAGCUCACUUUCGGCCGAUUCUUGGCACGUUUCAUCGAGGUUGAGCUCUCGGUCUCGUGCCACGCUGUGGGCCGUCUCUUGCUGUCAGAACGCAUGCUAGCCUCAGCUGGCAGGAACCCGUAGCUAAGUUGGCUGCUUUUUGCGCGAUUUUUUAAUAGGUUUACACUAUUCUUUGUUCUCAGAUCUCAGUAGAAACAUGAGGUAUUUUUAUGUAUUAUCAAGUGUCCGUUUGGCAACGUGAUGACAAUCCAGCAUAAACCUUGCUGAUACGAUUCUUAUAGUGCUUGGGCUUUAAGAAAAUCCUACCACUGCAUUAUGAAAAUAUUAGCAGCAUUGUUGUACUAAUAUUCGAUGUGCAUGCCAUGGUGGCAUUACUGGAAUUUAAUUUCAGCCCUUCAAUUCGUUUCAUUAAAGUAUACAGCACAGAAUCCUUUGCUGGUUGGAUGCUUGUUAUACAUUAGUAUCAGAAUGGUCUUGCAGCUAUAUUUUAUUAUUACAAUAGGACCUAGAAAUUGAGUUGUGAACAUUCCAGCCAUACUAUACAGUGACACUGUGUACAGUGAAACAUUAAUUAUACUAGUUUCUGAAGGACACCGAUAGAUGGAUGGAUCUUCUGAUGUGAUCGAUUUGUUUGGAAGUUUUUGAUGUAUUAUAUCGUUGCUUACUUAUCGCUUGAAUCACACGAGUUAUACUAUCUUUGUAUUUUAUUGUUUCGAGUGUUCGUGGCGCUGUAGUAAGAGAAGAACUCCUCGAUGCUGGGUUUUCGGCCAUAUUGCCGGUUUCCAGCAAGAGGUUAAUAUGCCGGAUGGCUAAUUGUCACUAGAAUCGAUUGGCGAGUCUAGAUUCACUCCCCUCGCUUUUGCUGGCAGAGACACUAGUCUGGAAUUACAAAUGGAAUGUGUGGACUAAAACUAACGUGAGUGGUGACUGUCAGUUUGUGACUGGCAGGUAAUUUCCGUGUCCAUUUUGGCUGCCAUCUAUAUCAUAAUGCUAUAUACAUUGGUUAUAGUAUCAUGCUUGGAGUGCGGGUUUGCUUGCACACUAGGAUAGCAACGUGGUUGCGUUUCAUCCCGUGCUUCGUAUAUUGUUACCCAAAAGUAUUUAUGAGCCAAUUUGUGAAAUCUACGCAUUUUAUUUUAUUAUAAGUUUUAAUAUGCCUAGGUUGUGCUCACUUUUAGUUGGUUUGAUCAUGUAUGCAUAUAUAUUACCUUGACUGUGUAUUUACCAACAUAUAAGCGCUUGCGUUUCGAUGUAAUGUAAAAAAACAACUCAUAAUGUUGUUGCUUCGUUUAUUAUUGUCAUUAUGUAUAUUUGCGUGUGUACGUUUUAAAAUCUCUUACUGGUUACGUUUUUGAUGGAUCAAGUUUUAGGCAACCUUUUAAGGGAUCAGGUUUGAAUGAUUGAUUAAUUUUAUUUGAAUUGGUCAGGAUGGCACCAUUAACUUACUUUUUGUGAGAGAUACAAAUAGUGUGAGUGUGAGUUUCUAAGAAUAUGCUUUCAGUGAAUCCAAGAUCAUCUGCAGACGAAUAUGCAUAUCCUCCAGCUUACUCCAUUACUUGUCUAUUCUAGAUAUGCGCGAAAACCCAGUGAGUAGGUCAGAUAUCAAUAUAAAGUCUAGACAUUGCUGAUUUUCUUGGGGUCUGUAAACAAAUUCGUCUGCUACGAUGCCUUUCCAAUUCUUUCCAAUCCUUUCCAAUCUUAUCUCGAAUUUAUCUUGCAAACUCGCGCCUUUGGUCCGGUCUUAGUAAAAACGACGUUUAAUAGUGUAUGUGCAAGAAUCAAAAUGUACUCGCUAUUUUGAUAUGCAGCUUCACUGAGUAUGUAUAUAGCCGAUUCGUGUAAGAGCGUGUAUGUAAUUCUGUAGUUCUCACAUAGCUGACACGAUGACAUUAUGUCGAUAGGAUCAGAUGGGACGACGUCUAUGCGUUUAAGACCUUAUAUUUAGCUUCGGCUGAAACCAGUGUAGACGACACUUGGGUAAUUUAAAUCUCUGAUCUGUGCCGUUAGUUUUAUCUGAACGUAGUUCGGUCUAGCUACCGAAUUAUAAUAAAAUUGUGACGUUUUUACUUUGAAUUGUUUAGAAAAGUCGCAUAAAGAAGGCAUCUGCUGGUUAGGUGCUUCUAGUGUGAGCAUUCAACGUUAAUGAAGAAAUCAUUCUCUUAAUUUUAGAUGUUCAUGUAUUGGUACUAAUGCGCUGGAUUUACGAUAGGGAAACAAUUGCGUUCACUAGUGUUGUGAACGAUAUAUGAAUGUAACUAGACGAUGACAAAUAUGUUUGCACCAACUGACACGCUGCAUGCUAUAUUUGCUUUGGAUAUUCCAUGGUCGGCAUCGCUUUGUACGUAUUGAUACAUUUCCUUGAAGGUGUUAGCUGAGGCUCGCGACUUUAUAGGAACUAUGCUGGCAUGACUCAAAAUUGACUAUUACCACCUGUGCCUUCUAGAAAAAAGCAGACAGUAAACGAAAUAAUGAAUAAAUGAACGUACGUCCUCUCUGCUUUUGCGAACGAUACUGCGAACGAUAUAACAGACCUAAUACCACUCGCUUAAUAUAAUCAUGUUCGUGUUAAACUCUAAUAGUCUUUUUAAAUGGUGAACAAAAUAUAUACUACGUAGACAAUACAUCUGAUCUGGAUAGAAUAUUUGUUUUUGUUGAUUGUUAGUAGGCUUGCGAGAGAAAUUUGGAAAACAGUCACAAUAUUUGAAUAAAAUUUAAAAAAAAA